CGAGAAUUGGUUCCAGCCGAUCAUGUGACAUCUAAGAUGGCAGUGUCCAGCGAGGCGGAGGAAGAGGCGGCAGUUUAUCUGAUAGUGAGUGGUAUCCCUUCGGCGUUGCGUUCAGCCCAGCUACGGAAUUACUUUAGCCAGUUCCGGGAACAACGCGGCUGUGGCUUCAUUUGUUUCCACUACCGGCAUCGGCCGGAGCGGGCCCCUUCCCGGGCUCCUCCGGAUUCUGCCCUAACUCCUCUCGGCCAGGGUCUCGCCCAGACUUCAGUCAAAGAUGCCCGCGCUCUCUCCACUCAGGACUCUACUCCCGCCCAGCCCCACACCUGCUGCUGCGUGGUCUCCGUACGGGGGGAAGCUCAGGCCCAGAGGUUUCUCCGCAUGUACUCGGGCCGCCGGUGGCUGGAUUCUCAGGGGACUUGGUUACCUGGUUGUUGUGUCAUCCGCAGACUUCGACUACCUACUGAGACAUCAGGUCUGGACUCCUUUCCCUUCAAGACCCGGAAAGAACUGCAGAGUCGGAAGGCUACAAGUGAAGCCUUCACACUGGCCGACCUGAGACAACUGCCAGAGUUGAACCCACCGGUGCUGAUGCCCAGAGGGAAUGUGGGGACUCCCCUUCAGGUCUUUUUGGAGUUGAUCCGGGCCUGCCGCCUACCCCCUCGGAUCAUCACCCAGCUGCAGCUCCAGUUCCCCAAGACAGGUUCCUCCCGGCGCUAUGGCAAUGUGCCUUUCAAGUAUGAGGACACAGAGACUGUGGAGCAGGAAGAGCUUGUAUACACAGCCAAGGGUGAGGAAAUACCCCAGGGAACCUGCCUGGCAGAUGUACUAGCCAGCCCCUGUGGAGAGGUGGAGGAAGAAAGAGAAAAGGAAGAGGAAGAAGAAUCACACUCAGAUGAUGAUGACGACCGGGGUGAGGAGUGGGAGCGGCACGAAGCACUGCAUGAGGAUGUGACCAGGCAGGAGCGGACCACUGAGCGGCUCUUUGAGGAGGAGAUCGAGCUCAAGUGGGAGAAGGGCGGCUCCGGUCUGGUGUUCUACACUGAUGCCCAGUUCUGGCAGGAGGAGGAAGGAGACUUUGAUGAACAGACAGCUGAUGACUGGGAUGUGGACAUGAGUGUGUACUAUGAUGCAGAUGGUGGAGACAAGGACGCCCAAGACUCUGUCCAAAUGCGUCUGGAACAGAGACUCCGUGAUGGCCAGGAGGCUGGCUCUGUGAUCAGGCACCAGGUGGGCACCUUCGAGCGCCACACCAAGGGCAUUGGGCGGAAGGUGAUGGAGCGGCAGGGCUGGGCUGAGGGCCAGGGCCUGGGCAGCCAGUGCUCAGGGGUACCUGAGGCCCUGGAUAGUGAUGGCCAGCAUCCCAGAUGCAAGCGUGGAUUGGGGUACCAUGGAGAGAAGCUGCAGCCAUUUGGGCAACUGAAGAGACCCCGUGGAACUGGCUUGGGGCUGAUCUCCACCAUCUAUGAUGAGCCCCUGCCCCAGGACCAGGGGGAGUCGCUGCUCCGCCGCCAGCCACCCACCAGUAUGAAGUUUCGUACAGACAUGGCUUUUGUGAGAGGUUCCAGCUGUGCCUUGGACAGCCCUUCAGAGCCUGAGUGACAGGUCCAGGGGCUUAAUCAGGAUCACUCAUAAUUGCACAGUGGCAGCCCUCUAUACGGCCUUAUCUAAUGCCAAAGCAAAAAGAACUCUGGGAGCAGCAAUCUGCCCUAGCCUGUUCAGGAUGCUUUUUUAGAACUUGCCUCCUGGCUGUCUACCUCAGGGGCAUUUUUACAAAAAGCCCCCAAUCCUCCCUUUUGAUGAAACGGCUUAAUGACCUCUCCCUGGUGGCCGCCUAACCCUGGUCUGUUUGGGCUUGCUCCUGUUGCUUCCCCCAGUACGAUGAAAAGCCGAACUGCCUGAGAUUACCAGCACAACUUCCAUGGGGAGGGGUAGGGAGGUCGCCACGAAGCCCAGAAGGAGGGGAAAAGGGACAUGGAAGAGAUUUGCGCUCUGAAGAGACGGUUUGGGGGCCGGCCCUCCUUCGCCUCUCCCCUUAACUGGCUGGGACCGGGCAGCGGAGAGUCUAAGGCAGUUAUCCCGAGUCUGAGACCUAAUGGGAGAAUAAAGGAGUGUAUUACCGAA